UCGCACUCAAUCCCUUCUCAACAUCUCUCUACUCACUGUUCUUCCUCACUCCUCUCAUCUUCUUCAUCACCAAAGCUAUAAUCUCGAACAACACUUCCAUCGAAAUGUCCAAGCCUCUCGCUCACGCCUCCAUCGUGGCCCGCCGCUCCAGCGAGCGCGGCUACGCCGAACACGGCGGCUGGCUGAAGACCUUCCACACCUUCAGCUUCGCCAACUACUACGACCACAAGUUCAACCAAUUCGGCAGUUUGCGCGUGCUCAAUGAGGACCGCGUCGCGGCCCGCAAUGGAUUCCCGACCCACCCUCACCGCGACGCCGAGAUCUUCAGCUACAUCCUCAGCGGCGAGCUGACCCACCGCGACAGCAUGAUCAAGAAGGGCGCCGAAGGUGCGCAGGGCAAGCAAUUCUACCGGAUGAAGCGGGGUGAUGUACAGUUCACCACCGGUGGUACAGGCAUCGCGCAUUCCGAACAGAACGAGUCCAACAAGCCAGUCCACUUCCUUCAAAUCUGGGCUCUCCCAUGGAAGUAUGGACUCAAGCCAAACUACCACACGAGAACGUUCGAUGAGGCGGCCAAGCGUCAGGGGUUCGUGCAUAUCCUGUCGCCGCUUGCGGCGGGUCCCGAUGCUACCGCUGCAGAAGAGGAGGCGGCCGUCCCGAAGAUCCCCGAGACGAUCCCCAUCCAUGCGGACUUCGUGAUGGGGGCCGGCAUCAUCGAGCCCGAGAAGACAUUCCAGUGGACGGUUGGCGCUGGCGAUGCGGUCACCCAGAAGAGGAAGCGCAAUGUCUACAUCCACCUCCCCAUGACCAAGGGCGGCAAGGCGAAGAUCAGACUUGACUUCCGCGACAAUGCGGUUUUGGAAGAGGGCGAUGGCGCUUUCAUCACAGGAGUGAAUGCCGGAGAUGUGCUCAGCGUGGAGAGCGUCGGAGAGGCGGAAGCUGAGGUCGUUGUCUUGGACAGCAAUUAGACGUGCUUUGGGGGCUGGCGUUUCUAGAUGGCGUUUCUAGAUGGCGUUUGUUAAACUGGGCUUGAACCAGCACGGUUGUUUUCACUUUCUAGGGCUUGAUGUGCUUUUGUGAGGAUAGAUUAUGGCAUAUGUACGAGCGCUGUAUUUGUG